CGUGUAUCCGAGGCAGGCACUCUUGCCACUAGGCUAUAUCCCCAGCCCUUAUUUCACAUUUUUAAUCAGAAAUUUUUAUUUAUACUUUCCAAACAAUAUUGAAGGUACAUAGCAUUAAAGUCCCAAUAUAAGCUGCUAAAUUGGGGAGAGUAUUUUUUUCUAUUGCUCUUUGGGAUAUAUAACCUUGUUGUAAUAAUAGAUAACCUAGAGAUAAGCUUUGUUGGCACAUUCUUUGUUACUAGUAUGUUCCUUUCCAUUUGGGAGAAAUAGAAAGAUGAGGAAAUCCCAGAUCAUAGCCUUCUAAAUGGACACAAUAAGUUUUCAAACUCUGUAGCCUACAGUCCUGACACAGAAACAUGUUGAGCAGUGGCAGAGACUUUCAGAUUUUUCAUAAUGCAUGUUCUCUGACCAGUUGAUUCUUGCUUAGGGAUGAACGUGAGGCUUUCUCUGCUAGGCACUGAUUUAGGUUAAGGCUACAGUAGCACAUAAACAGGAUUUCUACUCUGUUUCUUACAUUGCCCUUGAGAAGGGGAAAUGAGAGACAAAAGAAAGCACAGAUUUUGAUAAUGGCUAUGAGGCACUGAAAAAGGUCAUAGAGAGUAACUAUUACUUUUGAACUUAAGUACUGUGAAGGGGGCUGAGCCGUCCUACUAAUUACAGUUUCUCCUUAUCUCCAGUUUCACUUCCCACUGUUUAAUUUACACAAGGUUAACUGUGACCUGAAAGAAGGCAGUGGAAAAUUCCAGGAAUAAUUCAUAAGUUUUAAAUUACACACCAUUCUAAAUAGCAUAAAAUCUCAUGCUAUUCCUCUCUGUCCAGCCUGGCCUAUGACCCAUCCCUACCUGUCAUAUCCACCCCAUAUAUGCUGCCUGCCCUGUAGACACUUAGUAGCCAUCUCAGUUAUCAGUCAUUAUGGUAUCACAAAUGCUUGUGUUUAUAUAACCCUUCUUCUACUCAAUAAUGAUUCCAAAGAGCAAGUGAAGUAGUGAAGAUGGCAAUUAUGUUGUAGUAUAUUGUUAUCAUUGUUCUAUUUUAUUUACAUUAACUAUUGUUAAUAUCUUAUGGCAUCUGAUUAAUAAAUUAAACUUUACCAUAGGGAUAUGUGUAGAGGGAAAACAUAGUACAUAUUGGGUUUGAUAAUUCCCAAGGUUUCAGGCAACCAUUGGGAUCUUAGAACAUAUCCCCUGCAGUGCCUAGAACUGCCUGGAAAUUAUUAUUGGUAAGAAUGUGAUAGGAAUAAAAGAUUGGAGCUGAGAUGUGAAAAAUGAGAAUGGGCUCAUUCUCACAGCUUAGUUUAGAUGACACCACAAAGAUCUCUAGGUAGACUGGGCUUGCUAAAUUCUAAGAAUAGAGAUGAGACCAACAUAGCUGGGGAAAGAUGAGAGAAGAUUUUUUUUAAGAAAAGUGGAGAGGUGUACAGAGGGCAGAUUACAGAGCACCUAGUAAACCAGGUCUCACCUGUGUAGUCCAAAUACUUUUUUGAGAACAAUGGGGAAACAUCAAAUGGUUUUAAUCAAAGAGUGAUGCAAUGUGAUAUACAUUUUCAAAAGAGCAUCUGGCUGAAGAACAGAGUUCAUUAGACAGGGACAAGUAUAGAGGCAGAGAGAAUAAAAUAGGUAAUCCAGGCAAAUGUUGGUGGUGGUAAUUCAGAUUAAAAUGUUGUCUUAGUCAUGGAGGGAAGCAGAGGGAUUUGAGAUUUGUUUUCAAAGUAAGUCCAUAAUGGAUUGGACUGGGAGAAGGGUAAGUGUGAGGAAAACGAAAAAUCAAAGGUGACCCUUAGAUUUUGUGUUUUGGCAACUUAGUGUAUGAUGGGGGAUAUCAGAAGAGGACAAAUUUGUAAUAAAAUGAAGGAUGCUGACUUAGUCGAUUUUCUUAAAAUUUCAAAAUCUUUAGAAAUUACCCCGUUGGAAUAUCUGACAGGCAGGUGAGUAUGUACCAGGUGCUCGGGAAAAAAGUUUGGCUUACAAGUCAUAAACACUCAUGGGAUUGAAACCUAUGGUAGAAAUAAUUAAAACAAGAGAGUGAGAUAAACAGAAGACCAGAAUAGAGCUUUGAGAUGUGCCAGCUGAAUCUGAUCUACUGGUAUCAACAGUAGAGGUGGAAAUGAAGUUGGCAAUGAGGAAGGAGGAAAACUAAGCGUUUGAGGCAUCCCAUGACCACCCAUAGUGACUUUCUGAAAGGACUCACAACUCAGUGUAAGUUAGACUCAAAGCUAAGAUCACAGAAAAGACUGCAGUACCAGAUCCACAGGAUAAGAACAUGCGGUGGCAAAAGCUAGAGAAGGUAGUCCAGGCUUUGCUCCUUGUCCCAUGUGUUUCCUCUAGCUGUGAAGUACAGAGACAACAUGAAUAACCCAGGGAAGUCCACUCAAGGCUUAGGUGAUCAGAGUUCUUCAAGGGAGCUAACCCCAGAGUGUAGCCUCUCACUUGGUGCCUGCUACACAUCUCCUCACGAGUGGUCACAUUUACUUUCACAGUCCUUUCUUUAGGCUGGGUACAUCCUGACUCACUCCUUAGUAGACAAAAUAACUUCACUAAUUAGUGAACAUUUCAAGAGUUUAGUGCUGGGGUAGGAGUCAGGGUCAUUGCCUUGACUGUGGGCAUUCCCAGAGAUAAGCCAGAACUAAACAAAGCAGAUUGGUUAUGUUAACUGUUUCCUCUCGUAGUCAUGGUUAAUGUUGAAUGUGGCUGGAAGUCAACACUGAAAGUCAUAAGGCUGAAUAGGUUCCAAAGUAUGGUGAAGGAAAGUCCAUUUCUCUGUAGACAGACUUAUUUGGCACUUACUGGAUAACCAUCAGAGUUGGUAGCAUGUUCUAGCCUACUGUUAUAGGGAUGAAGAAGUUAGGCAUGGCCCUGCCCCGCCCCCCCCCCCAACAGAGUUGGGGUAGACAGAAUGGAAUCGGCAUCCACUAAGCACAGAAGUGAUUAGCAUGCAAGACCUGAAGGAUCAAGAGCACUUGCUCAGAAACCUGUGGGUUCUCGUUGUGGGGCGGUAUCCAAAGGAACACAGAGUUGGGAUUCCAGAAUUCAAGUACGUGGCGAAUAUGCAUGGAGAUGAGACUGUGGGGCGGGAACUGCUGCUCCACCUGAUCGACUAUCUCGUAACCAACCAUGGGAAGGACGCUGAGAUUACAAAGCUCCUCGACAAUACUCGGAUACACAUCAUGCCUUCAAUGAACCCAGAUGGCUUCGAAUCUGUCAAAAAGCCCGACUGCUUCUAUAAUAGCGGAAGGGGAAAUUCUAAUGACUAUGACCUGAAUAGAAAUUUCCCGGAUGCUUUCGAAAACAAUAAUGUAUCAAGGCAGCCUGAAACUCUGGCAAUCAUGAAGUGGCUGAAAACCGAGACAUUUGUCCUUUCUGCGAACCUCCAUGGCGGUGCCCUAGUGGCCAGUUAUCCAUUUGAUAAUGGUGUUCAAGCCACUGGAGCACUGCUGUCCCGAAGCCUAACUCCUGACGAUGAUGUUUUCCAAUACCUUGCACAUACCUAUGCUUCAAGAAACCCCAACAUGGUGAAAGGAGACCAGUGUAAAAAUAAAAUGAACUUUCCUAAUGGAAUUACAAAUGGAUAUGCUUGGUAUCCACUCCAAGGUGGAAUGCAGGACUACAACUACAUCUGGGCCCAGUGUUUUGAAAUUACCUUGGAGUUGUCGUGCUGUAAAUAUCCUCGUGAGGAGAAGCUUCCGUACUUUUGGAAUGAUAACAAAGCCUCGCUAAUUGAAUAUAUAAAACAAGUGCACCUAGGUAUAAAAGGACAAGUUUUUGACCAGAAUAGAAAUCCAUUACCCAAUGUAAUUGUGGAAGUCCAAGACAGAAAACAUAUCUGUCCAUUUAGAACCAACAAACUUGGAGAGUAUUAUCUACUUCUCUUGCCUGGUUCCUAUACAAUAAAUGUUACAGUCCCCGGACAUGACUCACACCUCACAAAGGUGGUUAUUCCAGAGAAAUCCCAGGAUUUUAGUGCUCUCAAAAGAGACUUUAUCUUUUCAUCCCAAGGGAAAUUGGAUUCUAUCCUAGUAUCAAAUCCUUCAUGCCCGAUGAUUCCUCUAUACAAAACAAUGCCAAGCCACUCCACUGUAACAAAGCCUAGUUUGUUCUUAUUUUUACUGACUCUUAUACACAUAUUUUUCAAGUAAAAUGUGAAACUCAACUACCAUCAUCACCUGGAAUCAGGGAUUGGUCACUCCAGGUCACAGCAACUCUUCACUCUCUUUGGUGGUACCUCAAUUGGAUAAACUCUGCGGUCUUCCCUAAGAAGAGAAAUGGAUGCUCCCAAUGUGUGGGGGGUACUAAUGAAUGAUUCACUUUGGAAUGGAAAAACUAUCAAGUAUUUCCCAUUCACAUUUAAUCUUGAAGUAGUCUUAGAAAUCAAGUUGAAUUUGAGAAGCAAAACAGAGGGAACCAAUUUUGUAUAUGAAAAUCAAGAUGAAUACAAGCCAAGAGAUGAACAUUGACCACCUAUUGCAUACAAGACUUUGCCAAGUGCUAUUUGUGAAGAAACAAUGCUAUACCUACUUCUCCACAAAGGAAGAAAUGAUCAGAAAAUCGAAUAUUUAACUUUGCUAAUGUUCUAAUAAGGAGCCAAGAGACAAAAUAGGCAAACGUCUCAGUGGCCCAAGAAAUUAUGAUAGGAUGGCAAAGUUAUCUACAGAGCCCCAAGGCAGUACAUCGGCUUGAGUCUUUCUCCCUCCAGAGCCUGCACUCCUGCCUUUCUGCAUCUGGGUGUGUUUCUGAGGACAUCCUAAUGUGUAACUCUGCCUUCCUUUAAGCCUCAGAUUUAUGUCCAGCUGUCCACUGGACAUAUACAUCUGGAGAUGACCCAUAGGUACAUCACUCUACAUUGAACAUUCAGUAGUUUUCCCCUUCUUUAUUUUCUAUCUCAAUUACUGGUACCACCACAAUAGAAAUCUGAGUUAUCCUGAGGCUUCUUUAUUCUUCAUGCCCUAUGUUCAUAGGUUCAUUAAAUAACAGUAUAAAUGUUGGUAAGUUCUAGCCAAGCACUGCUGGCUUUCACCAAUAAUCCUAGCUACUUAGGAGGCUGAAAUGUGAGGGUUGAGGUUCAAAGCCAGCUGGGGCAGACAAAUCCAAGAGACUCUUAUCUCCAAUUAACCAG